GCGCGGGCGGCGGCGCAGACUCUCUAUAAAGGGGCGAGCCCGGCGCGCCGGCGGAGACGGCGCCGCGCGGACGCCGCCAAAGUUUGCCGCCUGCGCCCUGGGCAGCGCGGCCGCCGCGCCCCGCGCCCGCCGCCCCGGGCCCGGAGGAGCGCCCGCGCCGAGCCGCUGGGCCGCCUGGGCCGAGAUGUGAGCGCCGCCGCGCCGGGUCCCGCAGGCGCCCCUCGCCCCGCGCGGCCGCUAAUUGCGAGCGCGGCCUCAUUUGCAUAGGCCGCCGAGUCCGCUGGAGACCGGCCAAUCGGCGCGGCCCGCCGCUAAUGGCCAUGCAUUAUUCACCAGCCUAAUUGCUCAGCCCCAUGCGCGGCCCGCGCAGCCGCCGCCGCCCGCGCCCCGCGCCCCGCGCCCCGUGUCGUCCCCGCCGGCCGCCCCGCUGAUGCCGAUGUCCCGCUCCGGGCCCGCGCGCCGCUAGCAGCAUGUCUCGGCGCAAGCAGGCCAAGCCCCAGCACCUCAAGUCGGACGAAGAGCUGCCGCCGCCGGACGGGGCUCCCGAGCACGCCGUCCCCGGGGACGGGGCCACCGCCGGGGACAGCGGGAGCGAGGCCAGGAGCGGGAGCGAGGACACGAGCGUGUGCGAGAAGUGCUGCGCCGAGUUCUUCAAGUGGGCCGAUUUCCUGGAGCACAAGAAGGGCUGCACGAAAAACCCGCCGGUGCUGAUCGUGGGCGAAGAUGAGCCGGCCCCUCCGUCCGAGCACUUUCCAGAACCUUCCCCGGCCAGCUCUCCCAGCGAGCGGACAGAGAGCGAGGCGGCCGAGGAGGCGGCGCCCGCAGACAGCGGCGAAGGCGGUGAGGCAAGGGCCCCGGAGAAAGAGGAGGAGCCCAUGGAGGCCGAGCCCGCUGGGGACGAGAGCUUCCAGACCCCCGGCCCCUCGCACGCGGGGAAGCCGCCUCUACCUCAGAUCCCCGAGCCAGCGCCCGUGGCCGCCUACAGCAUGCCAAACACCAACGUGACCUUGGAGACCCUCCUGAGCACCAAGGUGGCCGUGGCACAGUUCUCCCAGAACGCGAGGGCUGCGGGCAGCGCGGGAUCUGGCGGCGGGGUCACAGCGGUGGCCGUCCCCAUGAUCCUGGAGCAGCUCAUGGCCCUGCAGCAGCAGCAGAUUCACCAGCUGCAGCUCAUCGAGCAGAUCCGCAGCCAGGUGGCCAUGAUGAACCGCCAGCCCCUGCGGCCACCCCUGAACCCCGGGGCGGCCACGGCGGCCCCGAACACCCCGGUGCCGGCCUCCAGCCAGCUGCAGGGGCUGGCCACCCACUCCGCCCUGCAGCUCUCGGCCGGGGCCCCCCCCACGCCCACGGCUCCUGGCCCCGCUGCCCAGCCGGCCACCUACGAGGGCCCCCAGCCCCUGUCCCAGCCGGCCUCUGGGGCAAACACCCCGCACGUCCCCGGUGGGGGCCCCUCCAUCCCCACCGAGGCGAGCGGGCCGGCGUCCUCCGGCACGGCCCCGGCCUCCACCGUCCCAGCCUUGGCGGCCGGCCCCUCCAGCAGCAGCUCCCAGCCGCAGAACGCCUCGACGCCCCCCGCCCUGGGGCCGGGGCCCCUCCUCAGCUCAGCCCCCAGCCUGCCAACCCCACUUCUACCUCAGACCUCCGCCAGCAGCGUCAUCUUCCCCAACCCGCUGGUCAGCAUCGCGGCCACCGCCAACGCGCUGGACCCGCUGUCGGCCCUCCUGAAGCACCGCAAGGGCAAGCCCCCAAACGUGUCGGUGUUCGAGCCCAAGGCCAGUGCCGAGGACCCCUUCUUCAAGCACAAGUGCCGAUUCUGUGCGAAGGUGUUCGGCAGUGACAGCGCCCUGCAGAUCCACCUGCGCUCCCACACCGGCGAGAGGCCCUUCAAGUGCAACGUCUGCGGGAACCGCUUCUCCACCAAGGGCAACCUCAAGGUCCACUUUCAGAGGCACAAGGAGAAGUACCCCCACAUCCAGAUGAACCCCUACCCCGUCCCGGAGUAUCUGGACAACGUGCCCACCUGUUCCGGCAUCCCCUACGGGAUGUCGCUGCCUCCGGAGAAGCCAGUGACCACCUGGCUGGACAGCAAGCCCGUGUUGCCCACGGUGUCCACAUCGGUCGGGCUGCAGCUCCCGCCCACCAUCCCUGGCGUCGGCAGCUACGCAGACUCCCCCAGCCUCACCCCCGCAAGCCGCUCCCCGCAGCGGCCCUCGCCCGCAUCUAGCGAGUGCACCUCCCUGUCCCCCGGCCUCAACAGCUCUGAGUCCGGUGUCCCGGGGGCAGCCGAGUCCCCCCAGCCAGGGCUCAGCGGCUCUUCUCAGACCAAAACCGAGCCCGUGAGCCUCCCCUGCGCGAACCCCAGGCCAGGGGAGGGCCCCGGGAGCGGGCAGGUCUCUGCCACGUCUGCGGCGGCCAUCCUGACGGAUAGCAGCGCCUCCACGGGCCUGUGCAGCCCGGUCCUUCCGUCCGGCUCGGACCAGUUCAAGGCCAAGUUCCCCUUCGGGGGCCUGCUGGACUCCAUGCAGACGUCUGAGACGUCCAAGCUGCAGCAGCUGGUGGAGAACAUUGACAAGAAGAUGACGGACCCCAACCAGUGCGUCAUCUGCCACCGCGUCCUGAGCUGCCAGAGCGCCCUCAAGAUGCACUACCGGACGCACACAGGGGAGAGGCCCUUCAAGUGCAAGAUCUGCGGGCGCGCCUUUACCACCAAGGGCAACCUGAAGACGCACUUCGGGGUUCACCGGGCCAAGCCGCCGCUGCGCGUGCAGCACUCGUGCCCCAUCUGCCAGAAGAAGUUCACCAACGCCGUGGUCCUGCAGCAGCACAUCCGCAUGCACAUGGGGGGGCAGAUCCCCAACACGCCGCUGCCCGAGGGCUUCCAGGACGCCAUGGAUGCCGAGCUCCCCUACGAUGACAAGGCGGCGGAGGUCCUCAGCGGCUACGACGACGACGCGGAUGAGAACUCCAUGGAGGACGACGCCGAGCUGCGGGAGCCCGCCGGCGACCCGCCCAAGCCGCUGCUGUCCUACGCAGGGUCCUGCCCGCCCUCGCCGCCCUCGGUCAUCUCCAGCAUCGCCGCCCUGGAGAACCAGAUGAAGAUGAUGGACUCGGUCAUGAGCUGCCCGCAGCUGACUGCCCUGAAGUCCCUGGAGAACGGGUCCGGGGACAGUGACCGUCUGAGCAACGACUCCUCGUCAGCCGUGGGCGACCUGGAGAGCCGGAGCGCGGGCAGCCCGGCCCUGUCCGAGUCCUCGUCCUCCACACGCGCCCUGUCGCCCAUGAACAGCAACAGCGAGAGCUUGCCCUCCAAGUCCCCGGGCCUCAGCGCCCAGGAAGAGCCCCAGGAGAUGCCACUAAAGACCGAGAGGCCGGACAGCCCGCCCCCUGCCCCCGAAAACGGAGGCGCGCUGGACCUCACGGCGGCCCCGCCCGGCCGGCCGGCCAUCAAGGAGGAAGCCCCCUUUAGCCUGCUGUUCCUGAGCAGAGAACGCGGUCCCAGCCAAAGCACUCCUAGCCUGGUCGCCGGCCCCGCGCCCGCCAUGAUCAAAAUGGAAGUGAACGGGCACAGCAAAGCCAUCCCGCUGGGCGAGGGCGCGCCGCUGCCGGCCGCGGCCCAGGUGCCCCCGGGGCCCCAGGCCGUGAUGAGCCCCGGCCUCGCGCCCAUGCUGGCCCCCCCGCCGCGCCGCACCCCCAAACAACACAACUGUCAGUCGUGCGGGAAGACCUUCUCCUCGGCCAGCGCCCUGCAGAUCCACGAGCGCACGCACACCGGAGAGAAGCCCUUCGGCUGCACCAUCUGCGGGAGAGCCUUCACCACGAAGGGCAACCUCAAGGUGCACAUGGGCACGCACAUGUGGAACAACGCCCCCGCGAGGCGCGGCCGCCGCCUGUCCGUGGAAAACCCCAUGGCUCUGCUGGGGGGCGACGCCCUGAAGUUCUCAGAAAUGUUCCAGAAGGAUCUGGCAGCGCGAGCAAUGAACGUUGACCCGAGUUUCUGGAACCAGUAUGCGGCAGCCAUCACCAAUGGCCUCGCCAUGAAGAACAACGAGAUCUCCGUCAUCCAGAACGGGGGCAUCCCCCAGCUCCCCGUAAGUCUCGGGGGAAGCGCCCUCCCCCCCUUGGGUUCUCUGGCCGCCGGGAUGGACAAAGUGCGCAGCGGCGGCAGUCCGCCCAUCGUGGGUUUGGACAAAGCCAGCUCCGAGACAGGAGCCAGCCGUCCGUUCACGAGGUUUAUCGAGGAUAACAAAGAGAUCGGUAUUAACUAGCUGAGGUCGGCUCCGUCCCGCGCGCACCGUCGAGGGCGGCCAUCAGGCUGCACGGCCUUGGGCCCCGGUUCCCCUGAAAAUGGUCCCCGUAGCAGAGGCCGCGUUCCCUGUGCGGCUGCUGGAAGGCUGUCCCGGACACAUGUACUCUUCCCACGCGAGCCUGACUGCUCUGGGGACUCGGCCGGCUGCUCGUAAAUUGAGAUCAAAAAGAGGAGCCUGUAGGACCGCCCUGGGAACGCAAAGGGCUCACACCCCAUCCGCUCGUUCCUCCCAAAACCCGAUAACCCCCGCGGGGGGGGAGGGGUCCCCUGCGUGUCCCAGCGACACUCACUUGAAGGUUUUGUUCGAGUUAGUUAGAAACUUGAACUCGGCUUUUAGACUGUUGAGGAUGUGGUCGGGUUCUCCCAGCGCUGUCUUCUGGCCGCCCCUUUGACUGUAGUAUUUAUGAUGUUAAGAUUAUGCGGGUAACAGAUAAUGCAGCCCCACCUUUAGAGGAAACUUUUGUACCGCAGAAUACAUCUGGCUAUGUGAUUUUUUUCUUUUAAAGCAGAAUUUGUUUUACUAUAAAUAAGUGAGUUUUUUCAAUGCAGGCAGACUGUGAAGUCCCCCUGCGGAAGACCGCAUGCUUUCGUGUGCAAGUGCCCGUCAGUGACAAGCCUUUUUUUUGUUGUUCUUUUUUGUUUUUUUGUUUUGUUUUGUUUUGUUUUGUUUUUAAUUUAAAUGUUUGUAGCUGCUAUCUGGACAGUUGUUCCCUAGUGUGGUCUGUAGCCCAGCGAUUGGGAGCAAGUUACAGACAAAAUGUCACCGUAAAUUAUUCACAACAUUAUAAGUGGUUGUGAGGACAUGCUUCACGUUAUCAAAGUUGUACAAUAAAAAGGUAAUGUUUGUAUACUGUGGUUGCAAACUCUUAAUUUAUACUUUGCACUUUUAGGAUUUUGUAUUAGGGAGGUUUGUCUAUAAUUUGAAAACUUAAAAAGAUGUAAAGUAUUUUAUAAAUAGUACUUUGGUUUAAGGAAAAUGAAAAAAAAACUGUCACAGUUUCUUAUUUUGUCUUAAGGUCAAACACUAUGAGAAAUCCUUACCACCUACACAGAAAAGCCACCAAGACUUGUCUGUUCCUCAAUAAAUGAGGGCCGGCCAUUUCUUAAAUUAAAAUGAUUUAUUUAACUUUUCUACAAAGCCCAUGUAAAACCUGACCGCCCCUAGCACGAGUCUGAUGAAUUAACCCAAGGACCGUGAGCCAGCGGCGGGCGGGGCCCGGAGACGGUGGCAGGCGUGCAGACGGUGGCGGGGGUCUGGUGUGCGGUGACCGCCCGGCCCUCGCUCGUGCAGGCGGGACUCGUGUCCAGGCUCUGGUUCUCGUGUACAGUUAGCUGCAGAGGAAGAGCAACAUCGGGCAGUAGAAUCCGUCACCACCGGAACGUUUUCUGAUUUAUUUAUUAUCUUCUCAGAUGAAAACGAAGCACAAUGUCGCCUGACCGUGGAAAUACGGUCCGGAGCUGCUGACCUUGUUUAGACGGCUUGGCCCGAGCUGGGGACCGCGGGUGGGGUGGCCCGCGGGCAGGGGUGUGUGCGCUACCUCAUUUUGUGCGGUGCAGGCCUGCUGGCGUCUGGGACGGCUCGCCUCCGACCGUGGCGUCCAGAGACGCGGUUCCACGUGUGUAUCCUGAAGCAGGAGCCGGACAGCGAUGUCUUCUUGGCUAGGACAGGAACACGGGACGAUCUUUCCCACGCCUCCACAGCCGCAGCGAGGCCAUGUCGUAUCCUGGAGCAAACCAGUCCCGAAGGCUCCUCACUCCACCAGCCUCGCCGUCUCCUGCUGUUGGAGCCGAGCACCGAGCCCGUGGGCGCUGCUGGGCGGCAGCAGUGGAAUGUCUUUAUUAUUUAUGUGUCCUUUUGGUGUGGUUUUUUUUGUUUGUUUUUUGGUUUUUUUGGUUAGUAUUUGGUACCAUGUAGUGUUCUCUCUUCUCCCGGAAGGAUGUGUAUAUUACUUAAAAAAAGAAAUGUAAAGUGUUGUAAAUAAGAUGGCUCAUGAAGGGCCGGCGAGGCGUGCCCCCUUCUGUAUUCAGGACCAGGCCGUCCCUCCCUGCGUGGUGAAGAGAGACACUAUUUUUCUACUGCAGCACCAUGUAGGGCUGGACCCCGAGCCAGCCGGCGUUCUUACCGAGAUCCAAUAUUUUUUAUGACAAAUCUGUGGCUCGACACAUCUACUGAUGGAAAUGGAUGUCUUAGACUAGGUUACUAUUUUUGUCAUACGGAAAUGAAUAAAAUGCAGGAUGUAACAUGACUUCUGAAUUGCGUUCCUUGAUUAUUCGAGUGGAAACCGUGGAAUUUGAGGUUCUGGUCGUUGAUGGUGGAUGUCCUAUCUGUGGUGUUUCUCCGAGCAAAGUCCAUAAGGGUUGACAGCUUAGACGUAAGAAUAUCUACAUGUAUCUUGAUUGGUCUUGAAAUUUUUAUUUUUCACUUUUUUCCUAAAAUAAAAAUGCAGCCUCCUAAUUGUGGAUUUUUUUUUUACAUCUGUGAUGGACGAAG